AUGGUGAGUGUGGGUUACCAGGGUGCGGAGUUGGAGCGGGAGGGAAGGAGGCGUUGGUUGGAAUUGACCCGAACCAGCUGUGAUGGUACCGGGCCUCCCCGCUGUCAACUCCGGAGUCUUGACGACGCGAGUGGCGCCGCUCGGACCUCCGUCCCCUCCGUCCGGCAGCGUGGGGGCGGGGCCGGCAGCCGGGACCCCGGUGUCCUGUUCCGUCACUGCAAGCCGCGGCUUCGGCCCCGGCCCCGCAGCCCCACGUCCGCCCCAGAUUGGAACCUCAGCAGCUUGGCCAUCCCACAGUCUCUGCAGGCAGAUCUGAACUGCAUGCAUUUUGUUCCAGGAGCACAGGACUCAGUGACCUUUGAGGAUGUGGCUGUGAGCUUCACCCUGGAGGAGUGGGCUUUACUGGAUCCUUCACAGAAGAAACUCUACAGAGAUGUGAUGCGGGAAACGUUGAGGAACCUGGCCUCAGUAGGAGAAAAAUGGGAAGAUCAUGACAUUGAAGAUCAGUACAAAAACCAGGGGAGAAAACUAAGAAGUCAUGUGGUAGAGAGACUCUGUGAAAGUAAAGAGGGUAGUCAAUGUGGAGAAAACUUCAGCCUUAUUCCAAAUCUCAAUCUGAACAAGAAAACUACUGGAGUGAAACCACGUGAAUGCAGUGUAUGUGGAAAAGUCUUUACGCGUCAUUCAUCCCUUAAGAGACACAUGAGCUGUCACACUGAACGUAAACCAUAUGAGUAUCAGAAACAUGGAGAGAAGCCAUAUAAAUGUAAGGAAUGUGGUAAAGCCUUUAGCUAUCUCCAGUUUUUGGAGACGCAUGAAAAAAAUCACAAUCGAGAGAAAAAAUAUAAAUGUAAGGAAUGUGGAAAAGCGUUCCAUUCCCGCGCAUCCUUUCAAACACAUGAAAGGAUUCACACAGGAGAAAAACCCUAUGAAUGUAAGGAAUGUGGGGAAGCUUUCAUGUGGAGCACAGCAUUUCGAAGACACAUGGUAACACACACUGGAGAUGCCCCAUAUACAUGUAAGGAGUGCGGGAAAACUUUUAAUUGUUCCUCUUCAUUGCGAACACAUGAAACAACUCACAGUGAAGAGAAACCCUAUCAGUGUAAACAAUGUGGAAAAUUCCUUAGAUAUUAUCAUACUUUUCGAACACAUGAAAGGACUCAUACAGGAGAGAAACCCUAUGAAUGUAAGCAGUGUGGUAAAGCCUUCAGUUGUCCCAGUUCUUUUCGAAAACAUGAAAGAAUUCAUACUGGGGAAAAGCCUUAUGAAUGUAAGGAAUGUGGGAGAGCCUUCAGAGGUCUCUCAAGCCUUCGAGCACACAUAAGGAUUCACACUGGAGAGAAACCCUAUGAAUGUAAACAAUGUGGUAAAGCCUUCAGUUACUAUAAUUCCUUACAAUCACACAGAAGAACUCAUACUGGAGAGAAACCCUAUGAAUGCAAGGAAUGUGGGAAGGCCCUCUCCCAUCACCAAACCUUAAAAAUACACAUGAGACUGCACACUGGAGAGAAACCCUAUGAAUGUAAACAAUGUGGUAAAGCCUUCAGAUAUUACCCUUCCUUUCACAAACACAAACAAAUUCAUACUGGAGGGAAACCCUUCGAAUGUGAACAAUGUGGUAAAGCCUUCAGUUAUUACAAUUCCUUACAGUCACAUGGAAGAACUCAUACUGGAGAGAAACCCUAUGAAUGCAAGGAAUGUGGGAAAGCCCUCUCCCAUCACCAGACCUUAAGAGUACACAUGAGACUGCACACUGGAGAGAAACCCUAUGAAUGUGAACAAUGUGGUAGAGCUUUCAGAUAUUACACUUCCUUCCAAAAGCACAAAAGAGUUCAUACUGAGAAGAAAUUCUGUGAAUAA